UAGUCAUACACAACACAACAAUUAAUAACACUCACAUGGGUCUCUUUCACGCCCUCGCCCUCCUCCCUCACUAUAUAUUUAUGUGUACUUCAUGUUAUUAGCUUGCACAAUCUUUCUAAAUACUCCAAAGGACAAAACUCACAAGGAUCAAUCAACGGCAAUAAUGGCGAGGAAUAAUCCAUACGUAUACACAAAGAUGGAGAAAGAAGAUCCCCAAGAGCUAAUUCACAGAAGAGCUCAAUUUCUAAUUCAGAAGGUUCUAGAACGGGCAGACAACAGGACAAGACAGCAGCACCAGAGGAAGAGAUCAUCUGGACCGUUGAUUAUAAUCAGAGUAACUGGAAUAAGAAUGAGAAUCGGUAAGAAGCUAAGGAAGCUGAGGAAGAAUAAUAGUUGCCUUUGCAAAAAUCUUAUCUCUCGUUUCAUCAAAUCGUUUAAACGAUUCUUGUCGUCCUCGUCUUCUUCACGAACUAUCUCUGAUCUUCCUCCUCUAUUCUCUCUUCAAGUUUGAUGAUCUUGAACUGUUUUUUGUUUUAAUAUAUUCCUAUAUAAUAUACUUCGAUUCCCUUCAACUAAUAAA